AGAGAUGUGAACACUUCCAGGCAGGGUCUUGAUCCCGCGGGGCGAGACAGUACUAUCCAGCAGGCCAGUGGACGGGACCGUCUCCUCACGUUUCUGUUUACAAACCCCAACAUGGAGGCGGCCGAGGCUGAACGGCCGACGCCGGGGCGCGGAUCUGCCCCCACGCCCAAGGGCGGGGCAGAGACCACCCCUAAAACCAAGAGGAGCUACGUGAAGCUGCCGCCGGGGAGGAAGCUUGAGUUAUUAAAGAUGCUUGACGCGGGCGUGAGCAAGGAGGUGCUGAUGAAGGAGUUCUCUGUGUCCAGGACGACGCUGUACCUCUACAAGAUGAACAUCGACAAGAUGAAGCACCAGCUGAUGACCUCCCUGCCUGGGGGCAGCGGCGGCCCCAGGAGGAAGCGGAAGAGGAGGACGAGGCUCGGCUGGAAGAAGGUCCUGCCCCAGACUGACGACGAGGAGAUGGUGGUCAGCCCCAAGGUGGAGCAACCAGAAGAGGAGACCAAGUCAGAGACUCCACCCAUAGAGGAACCUUUACCUCCUCCACAACCACCACCUCCACCUUCAGAACCCACACUGCCUUCACCUUCGGAGCCUGACCCCUUCCAGCCCCUCCUGCCGCCCCCUCUCGCGCCUCCACCCAUCACAAACCACAGCAGGCGUGGCAAACGGAAGCGCAAGUCUAUCAACCUGCCGAGAAAGCACAGCAAAAAUCGGUGGUUCAAACUGUGCCAGCCAAUAGCAGGGGUGCCACAGCUGUCCACCAUCACUGCUACACCUAAGCUGGCUCCCCCCUCCCCCAGCUUCCCCUCAGAGCACACUGCCAGCCUGGACCAGGCAGACAAGUUCAAGGGUGAGAGCAGGACGCGAGCCAGCACCAGCACACCGCAGGACUCCACCACCACGGCCCCCAGACCCAGGCCCCCCGGUCAGCCAGCCCACACCGAGCCAGGCAGUGUUGGGGGUAAAGGAGACCAACUCCAUGUGCAGCACAACUUCCACUCCCAGAAGAUCCUUGAGGUUUUGACCUGUGAUGAGACCUUCAUUGAUGUCACCCUGACUGCUGAGGGGCGCUCCGUUCGUGCACACAAGCUAAUCCUGUCCGCCAUGAGCCCCUACUUCCAGGAGGUGCUACAGACCAACCCUUGCCAGCACCCUGUCAUCAUCAUGCCCAGGACAGUGCGCUUCUCACACCUCACUCAGAUCAUUGACUUCAUCUACAGGGGGGAGAUCACCCUUCCAGAGGAGGAGCUGAGGUCGCUGCUGAACACUGCUGAACACCUGCAGAUCAGCGGCUUCUCCACACCAGAGAUCAUGAAGCUUCUUGGUGAGGCACCGUCAGGCAGCGACAACACCACCCUCACCCCCACCGCCUCCACCUCCCACCUCACACACUCCUCGGAGGAAAUGAUACACGCAGGGAGGUCUGUGGAGGUGGAGCUGGAUGUUGAGCCUGUGCGCGGCAUAGGGAGGGGAAGAGGAGGGUUGCGGAGGGGUAGAGGGGGAAGGAGGACCAGAGGAGGAAGGAGGGGGAGGGGUGGGAGAGGUGGCCGGGUGAAGGCUAGUGAAGACAUCAUCUCAAGCUGUGGACAAAGGCUGGUGAGAGCAUCCCAGUACUCACCCCCUAUCUCCACUUCCCUCAGUCCCUCCCGCACUCCAUCCCCUUCCCUGCCCCCGCUCCCUGCCUCCCCAGAGCCUCCCCACAGUCCUCCAGCAAGACUCAGCAGCACCAGGGCCUUCCAGAGGAUGGAGGGAGGGCAGCUGCGACACCCCAUGGAUGACCUGAUGGGCUGCACCCCUGGCACUGUGCUGGGCAUGGAUGUGGACAUUGACAUAGUGAAGGAGGAGGUGUUGAGUGAGAGUGAGGACAAUGUGAGUGAGGCGGGUGAGAACAUGGUGUUCAUUGUGGAGGGUGAGUCGCUGCUCCAGCAAGACUCCCAACACUCAACCCUCACGUGUGGCACCCUGCAGGCCACACCCAUGCAGGCCCAGCCGCCCCCACUCUUCACCACCACCACUCAGCCACUGCUCCCCCGCACCGCAGUGUUCAGCGGCGUGGUGAGUGGCGGUGCAGAUCAAGGUGUCAGUAUUGCACUUCCACACACCGUGCCUGCCACCACUCUGGGAUCGACAAUACCUGUGUUUGGGGGCCGCUUUCACAUAGCACCCCAGCCCAUCAGCCAGGGCAGCCAUGGGAUAAGUGUGGAAUCCAUUGGUAGUGUUUCCCAUGCAGUAGGUUCCCCGGCACCUCCUAGUGAUGGCAGCUACAUGGUGACCUCCCCAGCCUCUCCCAGUGAGGCUAGUUUUGAGGCAGCCUCUCCAGCACCCCAGAGUGAGGCCAGCUUUGCCAUGGGGUCUCCAGGGUGUCACAAGGAACCCUCAGCCACGUCUCCAGCCCCUCACAGUGAAAGCAGCUAUGAUGCAACCUCCCCAACACUGCAGAGUGAGGUCAGCAUGUCAGAUGAGGAGCCCUCCUCACCUCAUGACACGGCCUCCCCUCCACCACAGGCCCAUGCAGGGGAUCCCCUGCCACACACCACUACAGGGGCCACUGCAAGGACUUCACCUACACCCACUGAAACAUGCAGUCAGGCUACCCUGCAGGCCUCACCAAGCACCAAGGCUACCUCACAGUCACCUGCCAGCCCCAGUGCCAUCUCACAAGCACCAGCCAGCCCUAUACAAUCUCCUCCCAGCCCCAUGGACACUUCACAAGUCACAUUAAGUCCUGAAACUAUAUUAAAGUUUCCAACCAGUCCCAUAAUAUCACAAGCUCCCAAAAGUCCCACAACAACUUCACAAACCCAGGCCAGUCCCAUUUCUGUACCACAGACAUCAGUCAGCCCUGUGACCACAGCACCACAUAGCCCAGUGACCUCCCCACAAAUUCCAAGCAGCCCCAUUACCACCUCACAAGCCCCUCACAGCCCUAUGACUAUCUCUCAAACACCAGCCAGUCCCAUGAUCAUCUCUCAAGCAGCAGGCAGUCCCAUUACCACCUCUCAAACACCACCCAGUCCCCUCACCACCUCACAGGCUCCAUGCAGCCCCAUGACCAAAUCAGCAUGCAGCCCCAUGACAUUCUCACCACCACCCAGUCCCAUAACCUUGCCACCACUUCCUUCAAGCCCCAGACCCACAUCCCUGCUCUCACACAGCCCCACAAUUACAUCCCUCGCACCACAGCAGCCUCCACAUACCACCACAGUCACUCUACAGACCUCACACAGCCCUAUUCUCACCUCACAGCCUGCACACAGUCCCACACUCAUCUCCCAGCCCUUGCACAGCCCCAUCCCUACCUCACAACCCUCACACAGCCCCAUUCCCACUUCCCAGUCCUCACACAGCCCCAUUCCCACCUCCCAGCCCUCACACAGCCCCAGUCUCAUCUCCCAGCCCUCACACAGCCCCAUUUCCACCUCACAAACCCCACACAGCCCCAUUUCCACCUCACAGACCCCACACAGUCCCAUUCCCACCUCACAAACCCCACACAGCCCCAUUCCCACCUCACAGCCCCCACUGAGUCCCAUCCUCACCUCCCAGCCCUCCCAUAGUCCAGUACUGAUCUCACAACCUUCACACAGCCCCAUCCUCACUUCACUGCCUGCACACAAUCCUACACUCACCUCACACAGCCCCACACUCACCAUACAGCCCUUGUGCAGCCCCACGGCCACCACAGCAGUCCCCAGUAGCAGAGGCCCUGUGAAGGCUCCAGCCAGUGUGGUGGAGAGUGUAGCCGCCUCACCUGGGCAGCGCAGUGUGGCCCCCCAACACAAGGACACCUGCAUCACAGCCUCUCCACCGCCACCAGUCACCUAUGAUGCACCCUUGACCAUGGUGAAGGAGGCUUUCAGUGAAGCUGCCUCAUCACCCACCACUGGCAUAAGUCAUCAGGCUAUUUCCUCCUCACCACCACCACCUCCACACUGCAGGCCUGGCCACCCAUCACCUCAGGGGCAGACAGCCACCAUGGCAGGGUCUCCACCCCAUUCUGAGGCUAGUGGUGGACCAGCACGACCCUCACCACCCACUCAGCAGUCCCCUCCCUCCCCCUGUGGGGCUGCCAGCCUGUCUCACACCCCUGGCAGCAGUGGUGUAUUGGUCUCACUGCCACACAAGGCCACCAGUGAUCCUGCUGUCCUACUGAGUGGUGGUGCCACCUGCUUAGCCUCACCACAGCCCACAGUCUCCACCCCAGCAAUCUCACCUGUGUUGCCCGCAGUGUGCACCACCACCACAGCCCCCACAGCUAGUCCAUCCCAACACUGUGAUGACCUGGCACCAGAGCUGAGCAGCACACCUCUGUUGCACGACCUGUCUGGCUGCUGGGGUACCAACCAGUACCAGCCCAGCUGUGAGACCAUCCCCCUGCAGUAUCCGGAGACCAGCUCCCUCCAUUACGGCAGUGACCUCAGCAGCUUCCAGAUCAGCCAUGGCCAGUACAGCAGUCUGGGUUAUCAGACCAAUGCCCCUCCAUACCAGCCCAGCUAUGAGACCUUUUCAGGCCAAUAUGGGGAGCCCAGCUAUGAGGCCAGUCCCCCACACUACACCAAGCUGGGGUACAGCCCAACCACACCUCAGUAUGUCACCCCUGUCUGCCAGACUAGCCCCCUGCAGCAGUACCAGCCAAAUUUUGAGGCCAGCACCCUGCAAUACAGCGACCCACCCACCCUGGACACCUUCCCCACAUCUGCCCCAUUCAGCUUGGCUGGAUGUGAGCCGAGGGAGCAGCCCACUGUGGCCGCCCCUGCCGCCUCCCCCAACUUGUAUUAUGAUCCCAGCUGCCCCGACUCCCCACACCACUUGCAGUACUCCCAGCUGUAAGGGGGGCACCUCAGGCAGGGGACACCUGCCACACAGAGGAUAUGUGUGUGUGUGUGUGUGUGUGUGUGUGUGUGUGUAUCUGGGCUGGGUAAUGGUGAUGCCCAGUAGUGAGACAACCCCACACUCACACACACACACACACACACACACAUUCAAGUGCGGCCAGAGCUUGCUGAACUCAACUCUUCAUGGAUACCUGUAAUGUACUAAUUGUGAUUUAUAUACUUGAUAGUUAAGAGCAGCUUUUGAAUAAUAAGUAGCACGAGACAUUGUUUGCUGGAUGUAAAUAUAAGUACGUGUACCACUCAGUGUCAGGUGAGGUACUUGGUGGUGGUGAUGCCUGAGGGUUGGUCAGGUCACACCCGUAGGCAGCACGAGCCACUUCCCUGGUAUUACCUUCCCUCAUCACUGACACUUGCAUAAUGGAGGCAUCGAUGCUUCACUUCUUUCCUUGCAUUUAUACUGUUAUAAAUGCAGAUUCAGGCUCUCUCUUUCUCUACAACACACAGCAGCUGUUAAGAUAUUGUUGUAUUUGUAUUGUGUUGUUUAAUGAUGUAAAGAAUCAGUAUUUGUGUGUGUGUGUGUGUGUGUGUGUGUGUGUGUGUGUGUGUGUGAGAGAGAGUAUACAGACAUACAAUUGUGGAAUACUUACGAGUGAGGUGGAGGAAAAAUAUUGAAGUACAGUUGUCCAAAGUGAUGAUGUCAUAUUUCACCAAAUGCUUUAGAACAAGAAUCAGCAUCAGCCAGUGACCUGCCGCCACCUCUACAUUCCCACCUCCCACCUCUCGGUCUGUGUGGAGCUCUUUGUGUAAUGCAGCUCACUAGACCACCAGCCGUAUUCCUUAACAUUUUGUCAUCUCACCUCUUUUAACAGGCUCUUGUGGAAGUUACUUAGGUUUUCAAGGGUGUUUUAAGAAUUUUAGUGAUUAUUUAAUAAGAAUUAGCAUCAUUGGUGGGAAAAACACUCAUGAGAACUUGAUUAAUUAUCCUUUUGGUCUUUUGAAAGUUUUCAUGGUGAGAUAAUGAAGCUUUAAAGGAUUUUGUAUAUUCCAUUGCAGUUUAUAGACAUGAAAUUGUUUGGAUCUUGUGGCAUCACUACUUGGGGCAAGUGUACAUCUCUCUCAUAAACAGGUGAAGUAGCACCAACCUCACCAAUUCUGUACCUUUUCUUCCUCCUCCUCCUUGUGUGGACAUGUGAGCCUGUCAUUCCUCCCCUCCUUGUGUACACCCCACCUCCCUCCCGACUGUCUCUUUGUCUUGCGUGUUCCACCUUGCACAGCAGCUUCAGGAGUGUGCAUGUGUGACCUCUGGUGUUCUGUGUAUAGUGCAUACAUUAGGUGUUUAGCACAAAGUUUAAAGUUAAAAGUGCAGUAGAAAAUCAGUAAAAAAAAUAUGUAAUAAGGUAAAAACAGUGUCUUUAGUGUAGUUAUAUUUUGUAUUUAUAUGUACUAUUUAAUUAAUUACAACUUUCUUAUGUUGGCCAUGUUUUGAGGUAAGGUAGUCUGGUUGAGACUCUCGCGGUAGCUUUCUCACUGGUACUGUCGGCCAGGCAAGUGAGACUUUACUCCACAAUUUAAAGCAGCUGUACAUAGCCUAAGGAAGACCCUGAGGCUACCCGCCGGUCGCCGCACGACUGGCGGGCAGCAGCAGCGGCGGCAGAACUACCUAAGUUGUUAUGUAGAGAAAUUCACUCAUGAGUUCAAAACGUUCGCUCCCGCCCACCCUGCACCAUCCCAGCCCUCCCGUGCACUGUUCUUCCAUUUCCUUGCACCGCCAACACUUAGCCCUGCAUUUUAAAACACAUAUGCUUUUCCCAAGUUAUUAGAAACAUUAGAUAUUUCUCUAUCUUUGUAGCAACUCAUUCUCUACUCCAACCCUUAGUACAGUUUCAAAAAUAUCCAGAAGGUUGACUUAAUGGCUACAGUUGUUCUGGGGAAAGCAAUGCAUCAGGUUUGCAGUGCAGGUCUGAGUUGCUGUAGUGUGUGUCGCAUUACAGCCCCGGGCAGUGGAUGGCUUACCCAAAUCUUUUCCCAAAUAUAGAACUUGAUAUUUUUGUAUGUGAGACUGAGUGUUUGUUAUUUUUUCCCACACGUGUUUGUCCUUUCCCCAUAAUCAUCCCCCUCCCCACCCUCUCCGCACCACAGACCAAGAUACAACUCCCUAGUGGCUCCCCUCCCUCCCCCAGCAGAAGGCACAGUCCCUCCUUCCCCUUUCAUUGCCCCCUACUGCUAAGUUAGUGAGUAAUCACUUCUAUCCUGGCCAGGUGGGUCAGGUGUUCGUUAGCAUAACCUGUGUAACCUCAAAUAUACUGUUAAGGUGCUGUGAUUUGCCAUGUGACUACUUCUGCCACAGUGUCAACACCAUUAAAUUAUGAGAGUAGCA